AUGCCACAAAAUGAGUAUAUUGAACAGCAUAUAAAGAAGCAUGGGAGGAGGUUAGACUAUGAAGAAAGAAAGAGAAAGAAGGAAGCCAGAGAGGGACACAGGGUGGCCAAGGAUGCACAGACAUUGAAAGGUUGGAGAGCCAAACAAUUUGCUAAGAAGAGAUACGCUGAAAAAGUUGCCAUGAAAAAGAAGAUCAAGGCACACCAAGAAAGUAAAGUCAAGGGUCCAUCGACACCAAAGGCCGAAGAUGGUGAGGCCUUGCCAACGUAUUUAUUGGAUCGUCAAACUAACAACACGGCCAAGGCAAUUUCAAGUUCGAUUAAACAAAAACGUUUAGAAAAAGCUGAUAAAUUCCAAGUCCCAUUGCCUAAAGUCAAAGGUAUUUCCGAAGAGGAAAUGUUCAAAGUGGUCAAAACCGGGAAGUCCAAGUCCAAGUCGUGGAAGAGAAUGAUUACCAAGCAUACUUUUGUUGGUGAAGGGUUCACUCGUAGACCAGUGAAAAUGGAGAGAAUCAUCCGUCCAGCUGCAUUAAGACAAAAGAAGGCUAAUGUUACUCAUCCAGAACUUGGGGUAACAGUGUUUCUACCUAUAUUGGGGGUGAAAAAGAACCCGCAAUCUCCAAUGUAUACACAGUUGGGUGUUUUAACAAAAGGUACGAUUAUAGAGGUCAACGUGUCGGAAUUGGGGUUGGUUACUGCUGGAGGUAAAGUUGUUUGGGGUAAAUAUGCUCAAAUUACCAAUGAACCAGAUAGAGAUGGGUGUGUAAAUGCUGUGUUAUUAGUAUAA